AUGGCCAAAUCCACAUCUAAAUCAUCUAAGCCAGCUAAGGUUGUGAAGAAGCAAGAGGUCGAGUCUGACUCCGACUCCUCCAGCUCUUCCAGCUCUUCCAGCUCUUCUUCCUCUGAGUCUUCUGACUCUGAAUCCGAGGAUGAGAAGCCAGUGAAGAAGCAAAAGAAGGAGGAGAAGAAGGCCGAGUCUUCUUCCUCUGACUCCGACUCCGACUCUUCUUCCUCUUCUGACUCUGAGUCCGAUGAGGAGGAGGAGAAGAAGGAGUCCGCUAAGAAGGAAGAGUCUUCCGACUCUGACUCCAGCUCCUCCAGCGACUCCUCUGACUCCGAGGAUGAGAAGAAGGACGACAAGAAGAAGGACGACUCCGACUCCGACUCUAGCUCUAGCUCUUCCAGCGAUUCCGACUCUUCUGACUCCGACUCCUCUGACGAUGAGGAGGAGACUGAGAAGUCUUCCAAGAGAAAGUCUGACGAGGCCGAGAAGGCCGAGGAGCCUGUUGCCAAGAAGCAAAAGGCCGAGGAGCCAGCUGUCGCCGAGGAGGGUGCUACCCUUUUCGUCGGUAGAUUGUCAUGGAACAUCGACGACGACUGGUUGAAGUCCGAGUUCGAGCCAAUUGGAGGUGUUGUCUCUGCCAGAGUCAUGAUGGAGAGAGCCACCGGUAAGUCUAGAGGUUACGGUUACGUUGACUUCUCCUCGAAGGCCGCUGCCGAGAAGGCUUUGGCUGAGUUGCAAGGUAAGGAGAUCGACGGUAGACCAAUUAACCUCGACAUGUCCUCGAGCAAGCCUAAGCCAUCCACCUCCAACGACAGAGCCAAGAAGUUCGGCGAUGUUCCAUCUGCUCCAUCCGACACCUUGUUCGUUGGUAACUUGUCUUUCAACGCCGAGAGAGGAAAGUUGUACGACAUCUUCGGUGAGUACGGCACCGUUGUUUCUUGCAGAAUCCCAACCCACCCAGACACCCAACAACCAAAGGGUUUCGGAUAUGUUCAAUUCUCCAGUGUUGACGAGGCCAAGGCUGCUUUGGAGGCCUUGAACGGUGAGUACUUGGACGGCAGAGCCUGUAGAUUGGACUACUCUACCCCAAGAGACAACAACAGCCCAAGACCAAGCGGCGGCAGAGGCGGUUUCGGCGGUAGAGGUGGCGCUCGUGGCGGUUUCGGUGGCCGUGAGAGAUCUGCUACUCCAACUCCAAGAGCCACUGGUGCCAACAGUGCUCCAUUCAAGGGUACCAAGAAGACUUUCGACUAA